UGGAUUUCCCUGGAGGCCUGGAGAGGCCCCUGCUGGGGACAAGCCCCUCGUGCUUGCUGAAAGCGGUGGACUGGGCACCCAGCUAUGAUGGGGUGGUGGUGCCAGCCCUGCAGAGCUCCCCAGACAUUGCCCUAGAGGCAGAGCUCCUCCCAGAGGGUUAUUGCAGCCAGGAAGUGGGCAAAGGUUGGGGAAGUUGGGUGUAGCCUUGUGCUUUCUGCAGCUCUGCUGGGUGCUGUGAAGGACCUCUCUCUCGGUGGGGCUCCCUUCAAGAAGAACCCCUGGGGGGCACCUGCCACCUGAGGGACCUCUCUCUCAGAUGGUGCUCCCCUGGGGCUGCGGCCGCCCCAGCCUCACCAGCCAUGCCAGGGGCCUCCUGACUUCCCUCGUCACUCUGCUCCUCCUCCGGCUGGGCUCAGCCCAGCUCAGAGUGGAGGGACCAGGCCACUCGGUCACUGCCACCGUGGGGCAGGAUGUCGUGCUGCCCUGCCACUUGUACCCUCAGCGGGAUGCUCGCACCUUGGAGGUCAGGUGGAUCCGGGGUGAGUUCUCUGAGACAGUGCACCACUACCGCAAUGGAGAGGACCUGUACGGAGAGCAGAUGGGGGCAUAUGUCGGGAGGACAGAGUUGGCCAGAGAUGGUCUCUCUGCUGGAAGCCUGGACUUGCGAAUCGUGGACCUGAGACCCUCUGAUGAUGGCCAGUACGUCUGCACUGUGGAAGGUGCUGGUGCUUAUGAUGAAGCUAUUGUGGAGCUGAAGGUGUCAGCCACAGGCGCUGAUCCCCACCUCUCCCUGGGGGGCUACGAGGCCGGAGGCGUCCGGGUGCUGUGCAGAUCGGCCGGCUGGUACCCGCUGCCGCAGCUGCUGUGGAGGGAUGCUCGCGGGCAGCAUCUGCCCUCGGUGUCCCAGACACACUCCCAGGACCAGGAGGGGCUCUUUGAAAUCGAAGGCGCCGUCAUCGUGACCGGGAGCGUGGAGGGGCCCUUGUCCUGUGUGGUCAGGAGCAGCCGCCUCCAGCAGGAGCAGGAAUCGUCCCUGCACAUCGCAGCUCCGUUCUUCCACAACGCCCAGCCCUGGAAGGUGGCUCUGGCUCCGGUCCUCGUGCUUUUGGCUGUGUCCAUUGGCCUCGGUGUUUAUCUAUUUCGAAAGAAAGCGGCACAGAGCCGAGAGCUGGAGAAACAAGCUGCAGAGUUGGCAUGGAGAAGGUUUCUGCUGCCUCAAAAUAGAGUGAAGGUGACCCUGGAUCCGCACACGGCUCAUCCCCAGCUUGUCCUGUCUCAGGACAACAGGAGUGUGAGACGGGAAACUCAAAAGCAGCAGGUUCCUGACACACCAGAGAGAUUUGACUAUUGGUGCUGCGUGCUGGGCCAUGAGGAGUUCAGAGAGGGGAGGCACUGCUGGCUGGUGGAGGGGGAGGGGGCGUGGCUGAAGUAUUCUUGGUGGGCUGUGGGGGUGGCCAGGGCAUCUGUGAAGAGGAAGGGGGAGAUCGACAUGAGCCCUGGAGAAGGGAUCUGGGCUGUGGAGUAUGAUGAGGGGCAGCUCACGUCUCUCACAUCUCCUCCCACCCCCUUGUCCCUGUCCCCUGUCCCCACGAGGAUCUGGGUCUGUCUGGACUGUACCCAGGGGCAGGUGUCUUUUAUCAGCGCUGACAACGGGGUGGAGAUCUUCACUUUCACGGCAGCCUCCUUCAAUGGGGAGAGCAUCCGCCCCUGGUUUUUGCUGGAAACGUCGGGAAUUCAGCUGUGCCUGAGGGACAGCACCCUGUAGACCCUGUCCCCAGCUCUGACGGGCUCCUGCCCUUCUCCAGCCACUCCUGCAUCACCUCUCCUUGGUCCUGCAGGAGCAGCACAGGAAUGAGGGGCAGUGGGGCCAGGGGCUGCCCCGUGUUCCUCCCUGCUGCUGGAGGAGGGCUGGGAUGCUGCAAGCAGGGGCCGGGCCCCUUGCAGCCCCUGGGCUCUGCCCUGCACAUGGCUCCUGUGCUGGGGCACAAGCCCUGCUGGCACCCGCGGGUCUCACCCUGCCUCUGAGCCCCAGCGGGCAGCACAGGGGCUGCAGCAGCUCUCCACGCUCCUCUCCCCUCUGCUUGCACUGCUUGCAGACCCCAGUGCAAGGGAUGUGGUCACCGUGUGCUGCCGGCCAUUGCAGGCCACCUUUGCCUCCUAGUUUGGGGUUGAUCUUUGCUCUGUGCCUGGUGCUGAGCAUGAGCAGCUUGUGGGGGCUCUUUGUUCCCUCAUCUGGAGCACAUCAAGGCACAGCAGCAGCAGGACUGUGGCAAAUAAAGUUUUGCACAGGAA